UCCGACUCUCCGACAAUCACAACCACCAAGAGUCCCAAACCAGGUGACAUCGCCUACCUUUUUCACACCUCAGGCACCUCCUCCGGCCUGCCUAAGCCAAUUCCUCAGACGCACCACGCUGCUGUCGGCGUUCUCCCACGGCUGACUGGAGGUGAGAGUCAUGCCAGUUUCUCUACCACGCCCUUGUAUCAUGGUGGCAUCGCAGACUGCCUUCGUGCGUGGUCCAGCGGCGCCAUGAUCCAUUUGUUUCCGGGAACGCAGCCGAUCACGGCAGUCAAUGUGCUCCGGGCCGUCGACCGAGCCAAUGCGUAUCUUCAGGGCGCAUAUCCUGCCAAGUACUUCACCUCGGUGCCCUAUGUCCUACAGUCGCUGGUCUCUGGAUCUUCGAUUCACGAAGACGAUGCAGAAGCUGCCGCUGCCGGCAUGAAUGUUCUCCAAAGCAUGGACCUCGUCGGCGUCGGAGGGGCCGCUCUGCCUCCAUCACUAGGCGAUGACCUCGUCUCCAAUGGCGUCAAGCUCAUCUCGCGUUUUGGUAGUGCUGAGUGCGGGUUUCUGCUCUCGUCGCACAGAGACUAUGCUACAGACCGAGAAUGGUCAUGGCUGCGAGCGGAUCCUUCUCUACAACCAGAGUACUACGAUUUUAUGCCUCAAACCGAGCAGCAAGAAGGCGAGGAUGGUCCUCAGCUCUUUGAAUUCGUGGUAAAACCACAUUGGCCGCAUCGCGGCAAAACAAACCGACCAGAUGGUUCCUUUGCGACGGCAGACUUGUUCGAACAGCAUCCUACGAUCCCAAACGCCUGGCGGUACCACAGCAGAGCAGAUGCGCAGAUCACACUCGUGAACGGAAAGAAAUUUGAUCCUGCACCAGUAGAGGCGGAACUUCUGGCCUCAGCUGUGGGCAGGCGAGCUCUGGAAGAUGCCAUGAUCUUUGGCACGGGGCGAGAUGCGCCUGGCCUGCUCCUUGUUACAAAACGGGGGGUUGACUACGUCAAUAAUCAGCAGGUCAUCGAUGAUGUGUGGCCUGUGAUUGAAAAGAUGAAUUCUCAGGCGCAAGGGCACGCCAAGAUAGGAAGGGGAAGUAUUGUUGUUGUUAUGGAUAAAAAUGGCGGGACUACUGCGUUGCCGAAGAGUAGCAAGGGCACAAUCCUGAGGAGGCAAGCAGAGAAGCUUUUCAAGUAUGACAUCGAAGGAGUGUAUGGAGAUGGAGCGACUUUAGGGGGAUCUCCUCCCCAAAAGGUCAACGUUCCUGACAGCAAAGUUCUGGAGGAGCUCACGAAGCUUUUCAGUAAUGUUCUUGGACGACGUGUCAGCCCCACAGGCGAUUUGUUUGCACAAGGCGUGGACUCGAUCGCCUGCUCGCGCCUCAGAAAUAGCAUUUCAAGAGCCUUUUUCGACACCGACAAGAAGCUGCCGCUCAAUAUCAUAUACGAGCAAGGCUCUAUCGAUCAGCUAUCGAAAUACAUACUACGAUGCCGGAAUGCAGCAGAUAGUACGAUGACUCUGAACGGUAUUGCCGCUGAAGAAGACACCGACGAGGAACAACUUAUGCUGGACCUAGUCGAGAAAUAUCGGCAUGCCAUACAAGCGCCGACGGGAUCCUUCGACCAUCAAAAUAAGCGCGUCGUCGUCCUCACGGGUGCUACCGGAUUCUUGGGAGCUCACAUCCUCGAUCUACUCCUCCAGGACGCCAAAGUCUCGAAAGUCUUUUGUCUGGUCCGCACCCAGAGUCAUGAUGAUGGAGUCAGGCGCAUCAAAAAAUCACUCAAGUCUCGAGGGCUGGCGACGGUGAACAUGGAGCAUGAACAGGGAACAAGACUUGUCUGUAUGCCCUGUGCUAUCUCGAAACCAAGGCUUGGGCUUGAGGAUAGCGACUGGACCCAGCUUACCAGCCAGGCUACCAUGAUUAUCCACUCGGCGUGGUCAGUCAACUUUAGUCUGAGGCUGAAGUCUUUUGAAGAUCAGCUGAGUGGCCUUCACAACCUCCUCGAAUUGAGAGAUGCCACGGGCGGCGCGGCAGCAAGAUUUGUCUUCAUAUCAUCGAUAGCAGCUGUGUCUUCUGCAAGAAGUGCCGCAGAGCGCGCCAUACCUGAGACACUCAGUUCCGAGCCAGAAGAUGCGUCUCCUCUCGGCUACUCCAGGUCGAAAUGGGUGGCGGAGAACAUCUGCACCACGGCCAAGGUGGGCGGGAGUGUCUCUCCACCUACUAUCAACGUCGACAGCACCCUUCCCGCCCAGGAAAAAUCACCCAUUGUCAUCAUUCGUGUCGGCCAGCUCUGCGGGAAUAAACACGGGGUCUGGAACAUGACUGAGGCGUACCCAAUCAUGCUCUCCUCGGCCAAGAUCACAAACUGUCUUCCGGACCUGGGAGAGGAACCUCUCAGCUGGCUGCCUGCAGAUGUCGCCGCGAGGGCUGUCCUGGACAUCUCGUUCAACGAAGCUCUAGAUGGGCCUGCGCACGGGUCGAAAUAUCACCAGAGAACACCUGUGUAUCAUGUUUUGAAUCCGCACCAAGGGCCGAUGUGGUCAGAGAUGGUCGGUUGGAUUGCCGAUGAGAUGUCGACCGACAACGUGACUGGUGCACAUAAAAUCCAAAUCGUCUCUCCGCAGACGUGGCUGCACCAACUCGAGACGGCACUCGAGCAUGGGAAUCAUCCAGCACGGUCCCUGCUUCAUCUCUGGAAGAGCAUGUAUGCUCAUUCGGACGACCACCACGAAAGUCUCAGUGUUGUUUUUGAUGUGAAGCGGGCAGAGGCUGCGUCAGAGGUUAUGAGAAGGGUUCAGCCGCUAGAGAAGGAGGCUGUCAUGAGCAUGUGGGCAUGGAUAGAGAAGAACAUAUACAUAUUAGACAGCGUUACUUGUUAG